AUGGCUCCUGCGAAGAAGCGGCAGUCAAAAGGCAAGCAGAAAAAUGGUAAGGCGAAGGCGAAGGCGUUCGGUCUACCCUUUGAGAUUACAGCAGCAAUACUGGCUCUUCUCGACUUCCGAGAUAUUUUGAUGUGCCAGCGGGUGUCAAAAGACUUUAACCAGGUCAUCCGAGAAAGCGUUCAGCUGCAAUACACCAUUGAAUUAGGCGUAGCGAAUUAUGUGGAUGGUCCGGCAGAGGCCAAGCUGGCCGUGGGUGACCGACUCAAGCUGCUGAAGCAGAGUCAGGAGACGUGGAAAGAUUUUGACUUUAAACUGAAGAAGCUAAUAGAGCCGGGGAAAGCUGUCAAUCAGUGGGCUUUCUGCGGCGGGGUGCUCGUCCUCACCUAUUUGGAUGACAACACGCAAACCACGAACAGAAAUUACCAGUAUUUCGACAACAUUAUGGUAUGCUAUGUCCGCAGUGGGGGACCCGAACCCGAAUUUGAGACUUGUUGCUUCGACGAGACGUUCACGGAUUUCGCCAUGGACCCUUCCCAAGAUUUGAUCGUGCUCUGGGAUCGUAGUUCCGUCUCUGAUGAGGAUGGCUUAUCCAUCUCUUUCCGCACACUCUCUACUCUUGAUCCUCACGACCGUGCGAAGGACGGUUAUGUGGAUUUGCCCUUUCACGACCCUGGAGGCGGAGAAUCAGUUCAGAUAUUUGGUGACCUCGUCGUAGCAAUUGGAUUUAUGUCUUCAAAGAUCAUUCUAAUGGACUGGACCACCGGAGCGAAACGGACUCUAUCUGGCUGUUUUACUGGUGGCUGUCUGCUGUCCGACAGUUGUCUAGUCGUCGCGAAAAUGGUUGCCGAGAAAAAGGACCUUUGUCUCGAUGUUUACGCCAUCAAACGCACAAAGAAGCAUGCGCUGACUCUUACCUUGGCCGCUCAUUUUGAGCUGCCCGCCCUCCGAGAACAAAUGGUCUGCGAUAUCUCGUUCGCCUCAUUUGGUUCCAGCGCUUCGAGUGGAAUUCCUGCGUCAGAUGGCGAGCCUGAUCCAGCCCGUCCGUUCUCCACCUCCCCUAUACCGUCGAUGGUGUUACUAAAGCUUCGAGUCGACCAUGAGUAUGGUCACUGGCUUCCGGGGAAUUACGCUGUUUUCGCGGAGACAAUAUUAUUCCUGUCUGUCGUGGGGGAUGUCCUGUCGCACCGCAAGAGGAAGCCUACUACAUUUUCUUGGGAAGAAUGGGGUCCAGAUUCGACGUGGUGGUUCGAUGGGAACACUGUAGGGUCGGAUACGGAGUGGAAGGAAGCCAGAUGGAAGGACGCCAUGCAUGGCUUCCGUGUGAUGCUUCCCGACAGCAUCUUGGAUUUCAACGUCGUCGAUAUUAUGCGCUCACUGGCCGAGUUAUCGGCGGAGGACGAGGAUUCGGAUGCCGAAUUUAUGUACGAAACGGACUGGCACACCACUAUAAAGAAGGGGACGGUUGCACCAGAUUCGGAUACCUAUUUCGUAAAGAAGGUCCGGACGUAUGCUCCCUACCGUCGAACGGAGCUCUCGGAGACGUCGUUGUCAGAGAGCUACUACUUUUAUAUGCUGGACGAAUAG